AUGUCCAGGGUUGAGAUUUAUGGGACCACCGACCUUCGCACUCGGCUGAGAGAGCUGCGCACCGACAUCGCCAUGGCCGUAGACGACCCCUUCCCCCUGGUGCACGGCCUGGCUGAUAGAAACAUCAUCACUGACCAGCUGCUCAAGGACACGAUGGUGAGCCAGGGGAAGGCCGGGGUGCACAGGGCCAUGUACUCCCUGGUGUCCUGGGUCCUGCUUCAGGGUCGACCCAUCCUCCGGGCCUUCUGGAGCAGUCUUACCAAGGACUACAACAUGGAGAGCUACCCCAAGCUACACUGCCUGCUCACCAGGGAGCCUGCACGUGGGAGGGCAGUGACGCCGGACCUGAGAACCGUCCCUCCCUUCUCCAUACGCUCCUCUUCCUCUACUAGGAACGUACCAGAGAGUCAGGAGGCAAGGGAGGAGGCCCCCAGGAGCCAGGUCCCCAACGAAAGUGCCAAAAUGUGCAUUGGAGUCGCAAGUCAGGAUUACUCCUCUGUGCUCGAGGAAGACAAUGGACCCCAAAAGGUCUGUGUGGCAACGACUCUGGUUCACCACACGAGGGCGACAAACACCAACAUUACAGAGCUUCACCUUAACGAUGACGAGUGCGCCGUGUGUAAAGACGGCGGGGAGUUGAUUUGCUGUGACGGCUGUCCCAGAGCCUUCCACCUGAGCUGCCUACAGCCUCCACUCACAUCAAUACCGAGCGGGACUUGGGAAUGUCAGUGGUGCCAUGGCAACAAGCUGAAAAUGGAGACUGGCAAGGCCCCUUAUCAGUUUUCAGGCGGGGGUGAUGGUGCUGUGUGCGUUGUUUGCCUCCUGACUGGAGGCCAGCUAAGCCAAUGUCCUCAGUGCCUGCGAUGCUACCACCUCCAAUGUCACUUCAACAAGGAGAGGUCUGUCUGCUUAUCCUGCAUCCUCUUCUCAAACCAACACCCAGAGGAAAGGCCUGAGACUGGGGCCGCAGGGUUGCAGGUGGUUCAACCACUAAAUGUGCAGAACUUCUCUUUCCUUGAUUCCAUCAUCCAGAGGGAGGAAGUUGACUGUAUCAUCGGAGAGGAAUCCAUGGAUGGGCUCCUGCAGUGGGCCUUCCACAGUGUCCCCUGGCCCCUGGCUGACUCGCAGGGGCCCUACCAGCUAGGGGGAGACACCAGGCUCCUGCCUGACUCUCAGGGGCCCUCCCAGCUAGGGGGAGACACCAGCGGGCCCCUGCCUGACUCUCGGGGGCUUUCAGAGAUAGGGGUAGUUACAAGCAGGCCCCUACCUGACUCUCAGGGCCCCUACCGAGUUAAUACCAGCAACACCCAGCAUGGUAUGGAAAACCCUCUCAUAUAGCUUCAGAGUUACAUGUAUAUUCUCUCUUCUCUAUUUUAAUUAUUAAUUUCCUAGUUGUAGCAUUAGCGGGGUUUUGAUUAUGUUUUCUUUAACAUGCAUGUUUGCUGUGAUUGUUUGAGUUUUGGUGUGUCCAGUUAUGUUAUGUCGCCUGUUGAAUGUGGUUGACUAGUUGAUUAAACAAUGAAUGAAGCUGUU